AUGCCGUCCACACACAAUGCAGAGAAGCCUUGGGACACCGACGAUAUUGACAAGUGGAAGAUUGAGCCCUUCAAACCCGAGGACAACACCGCCGGUCCCUUCACCGAGGAGUCGAGUUUCUCCACACUUUUCCCCAAAUAUCGCGAACAAUAUCUCAAGGGCUCCUGGAAGUUUAUCGAGUCGGCGCUGAAGAAACAUGGCAUUACCGCUACGCUCAACUUGGUCGAGGGCUCCAUGACGGUUGCGACAACGCGAAAGACAUACGAUCCGGCUGCGAUCCUGAGUGCGCGCGAUCUUAUCAAGCUUCUUGCGCGCAGUGUGCCUGCUCCGCAGGCGGUCAAAAUCCUUGAAGACGACGUGGCUAUGGACAUUAUCAAGAUCAGGAAUCUGGUGGGUAACAAGGACCGCUUUGUCAAGAGGCGGCAGCGCAUUUUGGGGCCUAACGGCUCUACGCUCAAGGCGCUCGAGUUACUCACAGAGUGCUACCUGCUGGUACAAGGAAACACAGUCGCGGCCAUGGGCCCUUACAAAGGCCUGAAGACAAUACGGCGCAUCAUCGAGGACACGAUGCACAACAUCCACCCCAUCUACGCCAUCAAGGAGCUCAUGAUCAAGAAGGAGCUCGCCAAGGACCCCGAACUUGUCAACGAGAGCUGGGACCGCUUCCUGCCCAACUUCAAGAAGCGCUCGCUCAGCAAGCGGAGAGUGCCCCACAAGGUCACCGACAAGACCAAGAAGACAUACACACCGUUCCCGCCGGCGCAGGAGAAGAGCAAGGUGGACUUGCAGAUCGAGAGCGGAGAAUACUUCCUGGGCAAACAGGCAAAGGAGCGCAAGGCUCGGGAAGACCGCGACGCAAAGAUGAAGGAAAAGAUGGAGGACAAGCGGAAAGAGAGACUAGCCGAGUACGUUGCGCCAGAAGAGGAUGGCGAGAAAAAAAAGAAGAAGCGGAAGCACGAAGAGGGGGAGGAGAAGAAAGAGAAGAAGAAGAAGAGAAGCUCAAAGGGAGAGGCAGAAGAAGUAUCGUAG